GGGGGGAUUCAUAACUGCCCCCAAUUAAAAAAAAAUGUUUUGUCACAGAGCGACGGAUUGCGCAUAUUUGCUUUGCGCCUCGAAUACUUCUUUACGCCCCCGCCGUUUUUCAAUUAUUCUAAAUACAACAUCCCAUACCUACUGCCCCCCUCCCCAAGUUUUAAAAUUUCACUUUUUUUCUAGUGAUCGUUUGCGCCCCGAAUACCUUCAUUUGUGUCACGCCGUUUUCCAGUUAUUACUCCCUACCGUCCCUCUCAAUUUUUUACUAGAAAUGGUUUGCGUUUGGUUCGCGCUUGUUUGUGCCUUCAACACAUUCGUUUGCACCCCCGCCGUUCCUCAGUUAUUCCGAAUGCAAAAUUCCACGUCAACUUGGAAUACUGGGCGGACGCUAUGGAAGUAUUUGGAGUAACUGAAAAACGCCGUUGGCGCAAGCGAAGGUAUUUGGGGCGCUAACCAAUCGCAAACGAUCACUAGGGAAAAACGUCAAAUGGGGGGCAGUAUGGAACUGUAUAAUGGCAAUAACUAGAAAACCUGGUGGGAGGAGACCGGGAGGGUGGUAGGAAGGCCAGAUCGUAGCUUAGGGCCCAACGUCAUUACAGAAAGGUCGUAUUCUUGGGAAAAAUAUUUGCUAAUAUAAAAAUUUGCUUUUCCUAAAUUGUUUGUCAAUUGUCAGAUCUCAAAAUAUCCUCAUUCAUUCUGUAGUUUUUAAUUAAUUCCUCGAGUCCGUGGCAGACAAAACAACGUGGUUUCUCCAAACCUUUUUUACUCUAACUGAACGAAAUACAUGCUUCCUUAGGACCCCGGUUUUGUCGUUGAUGUUGCGUUGGUAAUUCGUCGUAUGCUCGAAGACAGCUCAAUGGUGGUGCGCAUCAAAGCGUCGUGGUCUCUGGGAAAUUUAAGCGACGCCCUAGUCCUAAACAAAGAAGAUUCUAACAAAGAGGAAAUUCCCGACCACGUCUUGCUGCAGCUGCUACAGAUCGCGAUCCAGGCCUCCAAAGAUAACGAUAAAAUCAAAGUAAACGCCGUUCGCGCCUUGGGAAAUCUCCUCCAGCUGGUGAACGGUGAGACGAUUAAGCAGGACGAUUUUAAAGUGGCGGUCGAGGAGGGAGUGGACGCGGUGAUACGAUGUUGCACGACUGGUACCAACAUGAAGUUGCGUUGGAACUCGUGCUACGCCGUCGGCAGAGCUUUGAAACUGGCGAAAUUUCCGAUCAACGAUUACAUACGAAAGGACUCGUUGUUUUGCUCGCUUGCCGAUCUCAUUUUGAGUUUUCCCAAUUUUAAGGUGCGAAUUAACGCGGCGUUAGCGCUCUCGUGUAUUAAUACGAGAGAAGGGUAUCAGAAUUACUUCGUGUUUGUGUGGGAGUCGCUGCUGAAAGCCUUGGAGAACACCCAGAAUAUAGAAGACUUCAGCGAAUACAAUCACCAAGAUCAUUUGGUGGACCAGAUAUGCCUCACACUGGGCCAUUUAACGACGUUACUAAGACCUGAAGACUUCGCGUUGAUCAACAGUAGCACUUAUCUGUACCUCGACUUAUUACAGCACCAAAUGCACAAAGUGUUAGAUAGGCUACUACCGGAGAGGUCGGCAGUUUUAUUAUCGGCGGCGACGCACUUGCGUUACAUGCACGUUGAAAGCUAUACCAGUGAACAACGGCAACUGUACUUGGAUUUACUAAAAGUCUAUACUAAUGAAUAGCUAUCUCUGAUUAAUAUUUUUACACAAAUAAAUUAUUUAUAUACUGUUA